UUAUCAUAAAUUUUUUUUUUUUUUUCUAGACUAAAACUCCAAAGGUGCCAAACACAAAGAGGGCAUUGGAAUAUUUUGAUAUUGCGUAUCCACCAGUUUACGGCUCUCGAUGGCCAUCAGUCAGACUCGCUCUACUUUCAAAGCCAAAAUACAUUUCUGUUGUGAAUACUUUUGGAGACUAUAAGAGUACUAUCCAGAAAUUAGAGGAACUAGGUGCCAUGGAUAUUAGGCCUCGAUACGAUGCAGGGGUUGAACAGAUGAAGGAAAGAAUGAAAAAAUUAAAUAAUCAGAUAUUGACCAGUCAUGAAAAUGAACUUCCAGAAGUUAUACGACCUUCUUUGGUACAGUUGGAUGAUGAUGAGUUAGCUGCAAGAGCAGUAAAGAAGGAAAUGGAGCGUUACCCAGACGAAUACAGGCAACGUGCGCAAGCCUAUGGGAACUCCUUGGAUGAGCUGGAUGUUGAUUUUAGUAAUCGUGUUAUAAAGUCUUCUCAGGUAGGUACAGAGGCAGCACUGUUGAUGGAUUACGUGCCUUCUACAAAACUGAAAGGUUUGGAGAAUUGGAUUGAGGAAGCAGAUGUUUUUCGUCAUGCCAAUCAAGAAGACAGUGAUAUUGGAAUGAAGAAAGAAAUACAAGAGGAGCCAUUACACCUUCCAGAGAUGUUAAGAAUAUACUACUUUUUGAAAGGAGAUAUCUCUGAUUUCUCUCAUCCUAGAAGUGAUAGUGUUGCGGGUGUUCUAGAUCAGUAUAUUCUUGAUGGUGCUUCAUUACUACCAGUUUUAGCUUUGGACAUUAAGCAAGAUGAAAAAAUACUAGACCUUUGUGCUUCACCUGGAGGGAAAUCUUUUAUUGCUCUGCAGACCUGGUUCCCAAGAUUACUUGUAUGUAAUGACUUAAAACUGAGCCGAGCAAGACGAUUACAUCAAGUAGUAAACCAAUAUGUCCCUAAAUCACUAACCAGCAUUAGAGAAAAGAUAGCAAUCACGAUGGAAAAUGGAUGCGAGUUUCCAGAGAAGGAUGCAUAUGACAAGGUUCUUGUUGAUGUUCCAUGCUUAACUGAUCGCCAUUCUCUGAAGGAAAGUGACAAUAAUAUUUUUUCUGUCAUGAGAGUUAAAGAAAGGUUAACUUUACCAGAAAUUCAAAGCCAACUUCUAGUAUCAGCUCUGCAAGCUGUUAGACCCGGGGGAUGUGUUGUUUAUUCAACAUGUACAUUGUCACCAUUGCAGAAUGAUGGAGCUGUGCACCUAGCUCUUAGUAAAAUUUGGCAGGAGACGACUAUUGAGUAUUCUGUUGUAGAUUUGACUUAUGCUGUUCAGCCCUUGAGCUUCCUUUACAGAUUUGGAAGAAAUUUAGGUUUACGAUAUGGUCAAGUUGUAUUACCCUCCUUGUCUAAUAAUUUUGGUCCUAUGUAUAUCUGCAAGAUUAAGCGACUAAGGUGAAUUCAUGUGUUAUGUGCAUUGCAUCAUGUUGUAAAUGAUAUUUUGUAAAUAAAUGUAUUUAGUAAAAAAGGAUUU